AUGGCUGGUGUUCGUGAGAACUUUGCAUUACUUGAAGUCAUGGAAGCUUUUAAGAACAAGGUAGACAAGUUUAACUUUUUGGCCAAGUGGAUCACGGAGGUGGCUCUAGGCCAUCCUAUCGGCACACUUGAGGCGCGUGCCAUUAAAAUUUCAAAUCUUGACACAGUGACCUGCAUCACACUGGUGCAAUUAGCGCAACUUGUUUGGUAUACAUCUUACAACGGGGAAGAUAUUAAAUAA